CAAGCCUUGGCCCCUCUCUGGGCCUCAGUUUCCCUGUGUGUAUAAUGGGCACUCCAUUAUACACAGCUGAGCCCUGUGUAAUGAUACUGAUGAUGAUAAAAUAACGGCAAUAAUUGCACCAAACACUAUUACUACAAUACAGUCAUUGCACCUACUGUGUGCCAGCCUCUGUUCUAAGCACUCAACAUGAAAUAACCCAUUUACUUCUUACAAGUAGCUCAUGAGGCAGGACUAACAUCACCACCAUUUUACAAGCAGGGAAACUGAGGUACUUGCACAAUCCCCCAGGGAGUAAAAUGGCGGUCAGUGGUGAUCCAGGCAUAUGCAGGGUUUGGAUCAGGCUGUGUGACCUUGGGAAAGUCUCUGACACCUGCACCUGCUCCCUUGGCCACGAACCAGGCCAAUAAAAGCCACCCCCCACUCACAGUGUGGCAAAUGUGUGGGAGGGGAACAAGAGCAGAUAUUGUAAUGGCAGUUGGAACAGCUCUGGGCAAACCAUCAGUACUUAUAAAUUCUUUACCAUUAUGACCAUCAUCAUUGCGAAGCCUAUUCGUAGAUGGAGAAACAGGCUCAGCAUGGUGAGUCUCAGGAACUCCCAGCAGGGUCUGGAGCCCGUUCUCUCCCAGUGCCCCUCACCCACACCUGGCCCUGAGCCCCAGGAAGCGUGAUCCCGGCAUGGCCCAGCCGGACAUUCGCCUGAUGCAACUGUCGCACCACCGCCAGGCCCUUGUGCAAUGCAGGGCACCCAGCUGGCCAGUUAACGAUUGACUGGGGAUUGGUGGGGUAUGGGGCAUAAAAGGCAUCGGUGGCAGUGCUGUGGCUACAAACUCAGACCGUCCGUCAUGCCAGUGCUCGCUCUGUGCCUCCUGUGGGCCCUGGCAACUGUAGCCCGGCCUGCCUCAGUGGCCCCUGGGGGUGGCACAGAAUUGGCACGCCAUGAGGAGCUGACCCUGCUCUUCCAUGGGACCCUGCAGCUAGGCCAGGCCCUCAAUGGUGUAUACAGGACCACGGAGACACGGCUGGCCAAGGCCAGGAGCAACCUGGGUCUCUAUGGCCGCACAGUGGAACUCCUGGGACAGGAGAUCAGCCAGGGCCGGGAGGCAGCCCAGGAACUUCGAGCAAGCCUGUUGGAGACUCAGAAGGAGGAGGACAUUCUGCAGCUGCAUGCAGAGGCCACCGCUGAGGUGCUGGGGGAGGUGGCCCAGGCACAGAAGGUUCUACAAGACAGGGUGCGGCAACUAGAAGUCCAGCUGAGGAGCGCCUGGCUGGGGCAUGCCUAUGAGGAACUGGAGGCCUUAAAGGCUCAUGCCGACAAGCAGAGCCACAUCCUGUGGGCCCUCGCAGGCCACAUGCAGCGGCAGAGGCGGGAGAUGGUGGCACAGCAGCACCGGCUGCGACAGAUCCACGAGAGACUCCACACAGCGGCACUCCCAGCCUGAACCUGCCUGGAUGGAACUGAGGACCAGUCAUGCUGCAAUGGACACUGCCGUGCCCCAUGAGGCCCCUCUGCAGGGAGGAGCUGCCUGUCCACUGCAAUCAGCCAGGGCGCCGGGCCCCACUUCCGAGCAGAGCAGAGACGGACGUGGGCGGGGACAAAGGCGGAGGACGUAGUCCCAUUGCGGACGGGUGGAGGAAGGAUGUGUACCCUUUCAUGCCUAUACACCCCUCAUUAAAGCAGAGUCGUGGCAUCUCA